AUGCAAACUUGUGACAGAUGCAACGAACCACACGGAGUAGGAGAAUGGAUGUUAGAUCCUGCAAAUCCACAAACUUUGGAGCAAGUAAACUAUGUGAUGAAUCAACAAAGGAGGAAUUACCCAUAUUCAAAUCCUUACGAUAACAGGUUGAGAAAUCAUCCAAAUCUUUCAUAUGGUAAUUCUAAUAAUACUUUAAAUGCACCACCAGGUUUCUUACCUCCGGAGAAAAAGUCCCAUGAUGACCUCCUUACCGCCCUCUCAAAAUCGCACAUGGAUUUCAUGAACGAAACAAGAGAACACAACAAAAUCCAACAAGCUGCGAUAAGGAACCUGGAAAUCCAAAUGGGACAAUUUGCAAACAUGAUGGCAGCUAGACCUCAAGGUACGUUACCUAGUAACACAGAGAAAAACCCUAAAGAGCAGGUACAAGCCAUUACUUUAAGGAGUGGUAGAGAAUUGGAGGACAAACCCGCCAUCACCUUGAGGAGUGGAAGAGAGUUGGAGGACAACUCCAGAAAAGAGAAGAAGAAGGAGAAGGAAGAGGAGAAAAAGGCUCCUAUUAUCGAUCUAGUAGAGAAGGAAGAGGUAAAACCUUAUAUUCCACCCAUUCCAUUUCCACAAAGAUUAAAAAAGACGCAAGAUGAUCAAAGCUUCAUGAAAUUCCUAGACGUCUUCAAGAAGCUUCAAAUAAACAUCCCCUUUGCUGAAGCGCUUGCUCAAAUGCCUAGUUAUGCAAAAUUCUUAAAAGAAAUCUUGAGCAAAAAAAGAAAGAUUGAUGAUCAAGGAAUGGUAAAACUGACUGAAGAAUGCAGCGCAAUCAUUCAAAACAAAUUGCCACCAAAGCUUAAGGAUCUAGGGAGUUUUUCCAUCCCUUGUAAUAUUGGCAAUCUAAAUUUUGAAAAAGCUUUAGCUGACUUAGGGGCUAGCAUAAAUCUGAUGUCUUAUGAAGUUUUUAAAAUGCUAGGUAUGGGGGAGCUCAAGCCAACAAGGAUGUCUCUACAAUUAGCCGAUCGAUUGAUCAAAUAUCCCAAAGGAAUUAUAGAAGACGUACUAGUCAAGAUAGGAAAAUUUAUUUUCCCAAUUGAUUUUGUCAUCCUUGAUAUUGAUGAAGGAAGAGAGGGAUCAUUGAUCCUUGGAAGACCUUUUCUUGCAACUGCAAGAGCUCUAAUUGACGUACAUGAUGGGAAACUGACAUUGAGAGUUGGUCAAGAAGAAGUUGUUUUCGAUGUGUUAAAAUCUUGUAAACUACCUAUGGACUGCGAUGAUUGCUUUAGAAUAGAUGUAAUAGAUACAUGUGUAGAGAAAACUUUGUAUAGUGUAGAAAAUAAUAAUACAGAAGAAAAAGAAGACACACCUAAACAAGAACUGAAGCAGCUUCCUCCUCAUUUGAAGCAUGCAUUUCUAGGUGUGAACAACUCUUUUCCUGUUAUUAUUUCCUCUCACUUAACGCUUGAUCAAGAGGAAGGGUUGUUGCAGGUUCUUCGAAAGCACAAGAAAGCAAUAGGGGGUGGUCGAUUAUCUGAUCUUACAAGAAUCAGACCCGAGGUUAUGCAUGCAUUAAGAUCCAAUGGAAGACAAUAUAAGCCCUCAAAUCGAGCAUUACAGACGAUUGAAAUCCAAAACCUAUGA